CGAACCCCAAUAAAAACUAAAGAGUAGCUCACUUUUCGAUUUUUGAUUGGUUUCAUAUGCUAAAUUCAAAAGAUGAAUACUUUGUCAGCAAUAUCUGCAGCUGAAUUGGGAUUGUUUUGUUAGUUCAAAGAUCGAAACAUUAUUGGUGAAUUGUUGCUGUUUGGUGGAAGAAGAUUACUACUAUGGGAGAGGAGCAUCCGAGAAAGCGGUCUCGACAACAUUUUGAAUCGGAGGCGAGACACGUAUCUUUGUUGGAAUCCCCUCAAUGCGAAACCUCCAAGUGGUAUUUCAGCAGGGAAGAGAUUGAGCGUUUCUCUCCAUCCAGAAAAGAUGGGAUUGACCUGGUGAAGGAGUCGUUUUUACGGUCUUCGUAUUGCACCUUCCUUCAAAGACUUGGCAUGAAGCUUCAUGUGUCCCAGGUUACAAUAGCAUGUGCAAUGGUGAUGUGCCACAGGUUUUACAUGCGCCAAUCUCAUGCAAAAAAUGACUGGCAGACUAUAGCAACUGCCAGUCUGUUCCUCGCUUGCAAAGCUGAAGAUGAGCCAUGUCAACUGUCCAGUGUCGUUGUAGCAUCUUAUGAAAUAAUUUAUGAGUGGGAUCCUUCUGCCUCAAUUAGAAUCCAUCAAACUGAAUGUUACCAUGAAUUUAAAGAAAUUAUUUUGGCCGGGGAGAGUCUUCUGCUGAGCACAAGUGCUUUCCAUUUAGACAUUGAACUUCCCUACAGACCUUUGGCUGCGGCUUUGAAUAGACUGAAUGCUUGGCCUGACCUUGCAACAGCUGCAUGGAAUUUUGUGCAUGACUGGAUUCGAACCACACUAUGCUUGCAGUACAAACCCCAUGUUAUUGCAACAGCCACCGUGCACCUAGCUGCUACGUUUCAGAAUGCGAAAGUAGGCAGCAGGAGAGAUUGGUGGUUGGAGUUUGGAGUUACAACUAAGCUAUUAAAAGAGGUAAUCCAGGAGAUGUGCACACUGAUAGAAGUGGACAGAAGGAGGAAUAUGCCACCUCCACCUCCACCUCCAAGAAGAGAGUUAACUUGGUCAAUACCUGCAGCCGUAAAGCCGGUCCAUAUGGCUAGAGCUUAUCCGUUUCACAGCUACCCUCUGCAGUCCUAUAGUCAGGCUGGUAUCUGGUAAACCAUUGUUGAGCAGCAUGAAGAUGUAAUCUCUCUUGGAGUAGAUUCCAUAGAGACUCAUGAGAGAGGCAGUGUAGCAUUAUAUAGAAAUCCGAGUGAGGUGCUUUUUGUCUAAGUUAAGCCUCUCAGGUGUGACCAAAGUGGAUUCUCUCAAGAUUCUUGGUCUUUGUUCUCUUAGAGAGAGAUUAUGUAUAGAAGUGUCAAUUCACAUGUUAUAAUACUAGCAAACUUCAUAUCGUUGUAUAUCUGGAAUCUAUGUUUUUGGUUUCGUUCUAAAGUUCAAAUUGUUUUUUGACUUUCUUCUCUCAUUGCUAAGUAAUUUGGUUUUGAUGAAUUACUAGUAGGUCUGUGUUGUGUUGAGACGAGCACAAUCAUCAUAUGAU